AAUUUCAAUUCAGUCUGCAGUGUUUUGCCGUGUAAUGAACGUCCAUUAAAUCGGAACAACAUCUCUGCUCGUUAAAAGGAUUGAUGUGACGGUGUGUGUAAUACGACGCGUCUGACAGAAAUCUGAUACUAUAAUACAGCGUACGAUCGUAUUGGCGAAGUUUAGGUGGUUCGAAGCUAAUGAAGGUUUCAUAACCAAAGUUCGAUGACAGACCGAACAAACGAACAACAAAACCAAUGGAAAACUUUCAUUUCAUUUACAGUGGAAAUGCAAACAAAAUUAAAUUAAUUCAAAGUGACGACGAAGUAGAAGAAAAGAAGAGCGUGAGAUACGGACCCGCGGUGAGGGACGAACGGCGAAACGACAAAGACUCAAGAACGAUAAGAAAGGAAUCGAAGUGAAAACAAAUUUCCAUUAAAAUCAAUAACAGAGUGUAAUGCGAAGCGUUGUCAUCACCCACCACAACCCGCACACACACACACACACUAACACACCGAAGAGACCCAGACGUAAACACACACACACAGCCACACGUAUACUCACACAGAGACCUCAAGUUGCAAAUUGAGAUAAAGUAGCGACACCUCCUAAAGCUGGUCUGGAAUGCAACAAAGGGGAGACGGCAAAUAUCAGAAGAAAAAAUAGCUAAACUUAAUUAAGUGCGGAUCAAAGGAAGUUGUCGUCGUCUGAACUUUUCUCAUAACCCUCUCCACCCCUCCCCCAUGUCGAGUGAACCAGCAGGUGGUCAAAUCAUAACCACUACACCGAGUGCCACAAUAAUGGCCAGCUCACAGUUGGCAGGAAGCAGUACCCCCUCCACAACCACCACCACCAGCACGACAGUUGCGGCCGAGAUUGUGGGCUCAACGGUGGCCGGCAUUAAGGAAACUAUGAAAACUUUAAUUACAACACCAACAGCAAGAACAACAACCACAACCAGUAUGGCCACCCCCUCGACCACCACAAUUUCAUCCGUCUCCUCAACGGCCGCCAUAUCCUCCAGCCUGGCCAACGAUCCGACCAAACAAAGUGUGGCCGAUCUAAGCUCGUCCCUGCAACACUUCGGCAUUGUCGACUACUGUGUCUUCGUUCUGAUGUUAAUUAUUUGUGCCGCCAUUGGCUUCUAUUUCGGUUUCAUCGAAAAGAAACAGAAAAAGAAGGGCCAAAAGGGUAGCGCCACCGAACAGCGACGUGGCUCAGAGGCUUUGGAUUAUUUGGUGGGUGGUCGAAAGAUGAAAGUGUUUCCGGUCUCGUUGUCACUGGUAGCCAGUUUCGUUUCGGGCAUAUCCCUUUUGGGUACAUCCACGGAAAUCUAUGUCUAUGGAACACAGUAUGCCUUCAUCCUGAUUACGCUGGCAUUGUCCGGUGUAAUUUCAUGGUAUGUCUUCUUGCCGGUAUUCUGUAAUCUCCAAUUGACAUCGACCUAUGAGUAUUUUGAAAUGCGUUUCGGCAAAGGAAUUCGUUUGUUCGGUUCGAUACUGUUCUCACUGGGCACGAUAACAUGGUUACCUAUUGUGAUUUAUGUCCCAGCGCUGGCGUUCAAUCAAGUGACUGGUGUCAACAUUCACAUUAUAACACCGGUUGUGUGUAUGGUCUGCAUUUUCUAUACAUGUGUGGGUGGCCUAAAAGCCGUUGUCUGGACGGAUGUCAUACAAACGGUUAUUAUGGUAGGAGCCAUUAUUUUUGUUAUUGUCAAGGGUACCAUAGAUGUUGGUGGCUUGGGGGUGGUUUGGGAACGAAAUGUGGCCACUGGACGGAUAGAGAUACCAGAACUUACCUGGGAUCCCACAAGCCGUGUCUCGAUGUUAUCGAUUUUGGUGGGCACCACUCUCUGGUAUACCCAGGUGAAUUGUGGCAAUCAGGUGAUUGUGCAACGUUACUUAUCCGUACCCUCACUCAAAGAAGCCAAGGUUGCCUGUAUCUACUUUACUGUGGGCAUUAUUAUCAUCAAUGUCCUGACCAUGUAUAAUGGCCUGCUGAUUUUUGCCAAUUAUCAUGACUGUGAUCCGUUGAGUACCCAAUUGGCCAAGGCCAAAGAUCAAAUGGUGCCGUUGAUGGUAAUGGAAACUUUGAAAUCUUUACCCGGUAUGGCUGGCCUCUUUGUGGCUGGGGUGUUUAGUGCUGCUCUGAGUUCGCUGUCGACGGGUUUGAAUUCAUUGGCUGCUGUCUUUUUGGAGGAUUACAUUAAGCCCUUCAAGAAAACACCACUGACUGAGAGGCAGACGGCAUGGAUUAUGCGUUUGACGGUGGUCAUUAUCGGUAUCAUCAGUGUGGCCUUGGUGUUGGUGAUACAAUUUUUGGGUCAUGCGGUUAUCCAGCUAUCGACGACUUUGGCAUCGGUGACAGGUGGGCCAUUGUUGAGUUUGUUCUUGAUGGGUCUGCUGAUGCCAUGGAUUAAUUCGAAGAGUGCCAUCAGUGGCUGUAUUGUGGCCUUUGUAACAAUGACCUGGAUCUGCAUUAAAUGCCAAAUAGCCUUGGCCACCGGUGAACUGGUGUAUCCCGAGAAGCCAUUUUCAACUGAAGGAUGUACCUAUGAUUUUGAGCCGAAAAUGACACCAGCCAAUGCCACAAUUAUUGAUACAAGUUCCAAAACCUUCGCCCAAUACAUCUAUCAAAUGUCCUUCUUCUUCUAUGCGGCCGUUGGUUGUUUCAUUUCCGUUGCCGUAGCCCAUUUGGCAUCGUGCGCUUUCGGUCGUAACGAUCCGGCGACCAUGAAUCGUCAACUAUUCCCUCCGUUCGUACGCAAAUUCAUCAAAUCGAAAGAAUAUCAGAGUGUCUUCGACAAGGAAGACGAGGAUGAGACACUGGUCAUGGUGUACGAUAUGCAGAUAAAGAGUGACUUAAAGCAGUCCUUAAAGGACGAUGAGGUUCUGUAAGAAUCUGUAGGAAAAAUAUUUUUAAUUGUUACGAAAUUAUUUGUUUUUAAAUGUAUAUAUUGAUGUUGUUAUUGUAAUGAUAUAAAAUAAAUA